AUGAUUCAGAAAGUCCAGCGUAACGUAUGGCGACAAGCACGACGUCAUAUGCGAGCUUCACGAGCCUAUACUGAUGCACAACUUCGGUCUAGCGAACAAUCGUGUGUCAUUGCAGAUCGAGCGGUCUCUCGAAUUGACAUCGCACAUUUACCUGCUAAUCGUCCAACAGAGGAUUAUUAUGCAGCUGCAAAAUGUCGUUCAUCCGAAGCCUUGCUCUUUGGUGUAUUUGAUGGACACGGUGGUGGUGCAUGCAGUCGUUAUAUUUCUACGCGGCUAUUUGAUUAUAUAUCAUGUUCUCUAUUGAAACAGCAUAUUGUUACUGAUUUACCUAUCAAAGACAGAUUACAAUGGUUUUUCACAAAUGGUGAUUUACUCGAUGAAAUAUAUAAAGAAACACAUUUGAAAAAUGUUGAGAAUUUUCAUAAGAAAGCGAGGGACGACUCGACAAUAACAACAGUGAAGAAGGCCUUAGAAGUCUCUUUUUGUGCAUGUGACAGUGCUUUGUCGGCUAACGCAUUGAACGAAAAGCAUAAUGAGUUAUCAAAGCAAUAUGCUGGAAUAGUGUUGGCAGGCUCCUGCGCAGUUGUAGCUCAUAUUCGGGGUAUAAAUUUGCAUGUGGCAAAUGUUGGUGACAGUGCCGCUGUGUUAGGGUUGCAUAGCGAAGGUGUCAUCUCAGCCAUGCCUCUUUCGAAAUUACACUGUGUUGAUAAUGCUGAUGAGGUGCGGAGAAUUCGAGAUGCUCAUCCACCUAGUGAAACGAACAAUGUGAUAGUCGGUGGUCGGCUUUUUGGUGAAUUAUUUCCUUUCAGAGCAUUUGGUGAUGUUAGAUACAAAUGGUCAGCUGAGUUGCAAAAGGAAAUAUUUGGUGCGAAGAGUCAUUCCCUACCAUAUGGAAUGGACUCACCACCGUACCUUAGCUCUUUACCAGAAGUGUUGUAUCAUAAAUUGACUCCCAAUGAUCACUUCAUGGUACUUGCCUCUGAUGGUCUUUGGGAUUAUCUUGAUCCUGACACAGUGGUAAGGCUGGUAUUCGAUCAUACACUGGGUAUGCAAACUCUCACUUCAUCUCCACCUUCUGCAGGAACUGCAUUGACAGAGGUUCAUCAAGAUUUAAAACAACGAUUACAUAAAACAAGUAAGAAACCGCUGGAUGAAAACAGCGCUACUCAUUUACUUCGACAUGCGUUGGGUGGUCCUGGAGAAGUUUCGGCGCAGUACAUACGAUUAAUCAAAAUGCUGCAAUUACCACCUGAUGUAACACGCAG